AUGCCACAGGGGGAGCAAUUUUUUCUUAAGCACCCGGAUGACAAGGGUGAUCAUAUUCUGGUUAACGACUCUUUCGACAUACUAGGAGUCAUAGACUGGGAAUGGACUCGAACGGUCCCUAAGGCUGAGGCGUUCUGUUCGCCGUGCAUGAUGUGGCCGGUAGCCGACUUCUACAACGGCUCUAAUGAGGUAGCCGCGGAUGAAUUGCAUCUAGCUGCUAUCUUCAUGGAGAAGGGUCACGAGGAUCUUGCCAAUCUCGUCCUCAAUGGCAGGAAGGCUCAGAGAUUUCUCUUUGGUCUUGGACUUGAGAGCUCCUUUCUACAUAUAGAGACAAUUCCGCGGCUGUUCAAGGGACUUCAGCGGGCCUUCGACUUGGAAGAUGAGGAGUGGGAGACUUGGAAGAGUAAGGCCCUCAAGAGAUGGAAAGAUGAUGAGAUAGUUCUCAAGCUGUUGGCGCAAGAAUAG